AUGGACCCGGCCUUUCCUGGUGUCCAGGGUCAGGCCUAGCCGCCGCCACCCGAAGCAUGGCCGCUGGUUGGCUCCGAGGAGGAGCUCUAUGACUGUCCGGAUUACUGCUACCUGCGCGACUUCCCGGCCUGCGGGGCCGGGCGCAGCAAGGGCCGGACGCGGCGCGAGCGGGACCUGCGCACCAACUGGUGGGUGCCCGGCGGCCACGAGCGCAGGAUCGCGCAGAAGCUCCUCAACGGCCAGCGCCAGCGUCGCCAGCGCCAGCUGCAGCCCCGGCCGCGCACCCGUCUCGCCUGA